AUGUUUGGAAGGAGCCUGAAGACAACGAAGAGGCUGCUACAUCACCCCACUUCACUGCGCACCGUAGAGUACCAAAGGUCGCUGAGGAAAAAUUAUGGUACCGGAAAUGAUGCCGGUGUACAAGAAGUAGUGGCAAAAAAUUCACGAUGGUGGAACUGGACAAACCUGAUUUAUCCCAUCCCCACGGGUGUAGGGUUGACUUUACUAGCUGUACUUCAAUGGCGUCGUUUAAACAAGCAACAGCCAGAAAACGAACAACAACCCAUCUAUACGCGGAAUCUAAGGCUAUCAUUUUACAAAGCAAUACCAUUAAGAGCAAUGUCGCGCUUAUGGGGAUAUAUUUCAGGAUGCUACAUUCCUCGGCAAUUGAGAUAUUGGUUGUAUACAGCCUACUCAAAACUGUUUGGCGUUAUUAUAAAUGAAAUUGAAUUGCCCAUGGAGUCUUAUAAAAGUUUAGGAGAAUUUUUUGCUAGACGUUUAAAAGAUGGUGCUCGGCCAAUAAGCUUUGACAGUCCAAUGGUGUCUCCGGCUGAUGGCACCAUAGUGAGUGUUGGGCGUGUUACAUCUUGUCAAGUCGAACAAGUUAAGGGUGUCACGUAUACUAUCAAGUCGUUUUUAGGUUCACCAACUUGGCAAGAAGAUAUAGCUACAUCAAAUUUAGAAUCCUCAUCAAUGAAUACUGCAACAAAAAGUGAUAUGAUGAAACAAGACUCCUCUACAUCCAAUUGUAGUGGUUGGUCCAUUAAUUCCACUUUCCUAUUUUAUCAUUACGGCCUUCUCACUAUGCACAUGUACUGCAUCAAUUUCAUAUUCAACUUCCUCUCACAAGGUGUAAGCUUUUUCAGUCUAUCGUUUAAGAAACAAGAUGUAGUAUUGUCAGACGACACACAAGAAAAAACCAUUUCUGUUGAACGACAAGACAAAAAUGAUGGCGAAUGUCCACCAUUUGAUCCUCAUUGGAACGAAUAUAAAUCAAAGUUGUUGCACAAUCCAGACAAUGAAUUGUAUCAACUGGUGAUUUAUUUGGCUCCAGGAGAUUAUCAUAGAUUUCACUCACCAGCUCAAUGGACUGUUAAAUUUCGAAGACAUUUUCAAGGUGAAUUAUUAAGUGUCAAUCCAAAAAUAGCCCGUUUACUACCAGAUUUAUUUGUGUUGAAUGAGAGAGCUGUAUAUGUUGGGGAAUGGGAACAUGGGUUCUUCUCAAUGACUGCUGUAGGCGCCACAAAUGUUGGAUCAAUUAAAGUACACUCUGAUAAGGGAUUGGAAACCAAUAAGCGAUGCCGUCGAAAAGACUUUAAUCAACACGAUCGUCCAUUCUCAACUCAGUGGUCAAUAGGACAAGAAGUUGGAGAAUUCAGAAUGGGAUCCACAGUAGUUUUGUUAUUUGAAGCACCCAAAGGGUUUGUUUUUGAAGUGGAUGCUGGACAAACCAUACAAAUGGGACAAGCUCUUGGCAGAAUAGGUGUUUCCCAAGUUGAUUAUAUUACUUCAAAAUAA